GCAAAAUGAACGCUGUACGCAUAAUUGCUAAAAUGUGUCGAUUUUGUUUGAACAAGAACCAGGAACAAUUGUUUGCAGCCACCGAAAUACUUGAUUCUUCUCUGACAAUCGAAAUAAUACGGCUAUUCACAGGCCUGCAGCUCGAGACGAUGGAUACAAGCACGUUCGCAGUAUGUGGGACCUGUAAAGAUGUCCUUAACGCAUGGGUUAUAUUCCGUAACACCUGUUUAAGCAAUGAUUUACUAUUUAAACAAUCGCUUCCAGUAAGCACCUUCUGCGAUGACGCGGAUGAAAAUGGGAUUCCAGUAAAAUCACGGGAGAUGAAUUUGUUGAAGGUUGAAAUUAUGCUGCCAGAUGAAAAAUUAGUAGAUCGCAACGAUGUAAGUCAAACAUGCAUCAAUGCGUUAGCUUCUGAUAACGAAUUGGCACAAAUUAACCAAGAACCAUUCGAUGAAACUUUAACAAACGAUAACGAAAGAGUUAUAUGCUCGUCGUAUACGAAUGAAAUGGAGAUGGAAACACGCUUUGAGCUUACAACGAAGAACGAACUUGAAGAAAACAACAGCGAUUUCAGGCGAGCAUGUCCACUUCUUGACAAUGCGUAUCAAUCGCAUGCAAAAACAGAAAAAUCCCCAACCAAACGCAAACGGCAACUGUGCGUUACAUGUGGAAAAAUGGUAAAGAAUUUAUGGUAUCACACCGGUACCCAUGCAAACGACAUCGCCUCUUACGCUUGUCCACAAUGCCCGAUGAAAAUGAAAAACCAAUCGAAUCUCGCUCGUCACAUACAAGCGGUACAUUUGAAAAAAGUUGUUAAAUCUUGUGAACCAUGCGGAAGAGGCUUUUCUCAUAUCAAUUCGUACAAGGCACACAUGCGAUCGCGACAUGGAGUUGGAGAAACAUAUCAGUGCCAAUCGUGCUUGAAAACAUUCAAACAGCCCAGCGGCUACAAAAAACACAUAUCCCAAGCACAUAGCAACGAACGGAAUUUUGUAUGUUCCAUAUGUGGCAAACCGUUUAAGGAUAAGCAAGCAUUGAAUCUGCACAAAAAUGUGCAUUCCACUGAGCGACCAUACGUAUGCGGCAUGUGUCCGAAACAGUUUAAGGGUGCAAGCGCCAAACGAACACAUGAAUUGACCCACGUUGGGGUCGUUUUCAAAUGCACACUCUGUGAUAAAUCGUAUCAGUACAAAUCUCUGUUGAACUUACAUGUUAGGAAAACCCAUCCAGAAGGAGUUUAGCCGUUGGACCUAGUUUUCCAUCGACCGAUAAAAAUAAAUAAACAAAA